GAUUUGUUUGUGGUUGGCGGCAUGAAUCAUUUUCGUUACAUUUUUUUCUCGACUCAUCAUUUUACGAAUUUAAUUUUAUCAAAAUAAAAUUUGUUCAAUUUGUUUUUUUCUCACUCAUCAUCAAUGGAUACUAUUUUUGAUUCAAAUCAAAUAUCGAAUAUAACUAAUAUUCAAAAUAUAACUACAUCAUUGAAUGGAAGAAAAAAUACUCUAUAUUUUUCAACACCAUCCAAUUAUUUAUCAGCUAAAUAUGUUUGGAAUAUAAUCAAUUCUCGAUUAGAAGUGUAUAGUUUCGAACCAAAAUGUAAUAAUCGUUUAGUGGCUUCAUUCGAUUUUGGCCAUAUUUUCAACGAUUCAAACAUUUUGAUCACUAAUGUUAUUCGUUUGGCCGAUCGUUUUGAAGUGGCAUCCAAUUUUCGUCAUCCAUAUAAAUUAAUCACCAUUUUAAGUUUAACAAAUGGACAAAAUUACAUCUGUUUAUUGGAUAUUCGUCUUAAUUCUAUUCUCAAUACAAUCGAUUUUCCAUUCAAUAUAACCUUUGCUGAAGUCAUUCUCAGUGGCCAUAAAAAUGAUGUAGAGAAUAUGCCAUUAAUCAAUGAAUUAUGUUUUAUGAAUGGCUGUUUAGCUAUCGGCUGUGAAGGUGGUUUAGUUUUUUUCAUCGAUCUUAUUCUUGAUUCAUAUUCACCCGAGCCAUUAAUACCGAAGAAAAUAUCAAUAAUAACACCGAAUAGUGCUCAUAUGGAUAUAAACAACAAACGUCGAACAGCGAUAUUUCAUAAUCAGGUUCUUUGUAUAACAUUGAACACUGAAGCCAAGAAUAAAGGAAAAUUCAAUUAUAGAGCUGAUGACGGUGUUAUUAUGGCAUCCUAUUUACAAAGCCAAGUUUAUGUCAGUGCCCUACAUUAUAUACCACAAUUAUCGUUGAUUUGUGUUGGCUACAAUUUUGGCGGUUUUCAUCUCUAUAAUCUUCAAACAUUCAAACUGGAAUGCAGUUGUAAUGUUGAUCCAGAUCUUUUACCUGUCAUCUCGUUUUCAUUUCAAUCACCCGAAAAUGAUCCAAAAAAUUAUUCCUAUCUUUGGGUUGUUCGAGGAUUUCCUUAUCGUGUUCCAAAUGUUUAUGGUACACAUUCUCCUAUCGGUUUAUCAACAGCUUUCAUCUAUCUACUUUGUUAUCAGAAUAGAAAAACUUUGAAAAAUUAUGGAAUCCUAUACGAUACGUUUAAAUUAUGUUGCUGCAAAUUUGAAAUGCCUCUCACUUCUAAUUAUUCGGAAAAGAAUAAUCUUAAUAAGAUUCAUUUAGCAAAUAGUAGUCGAUUGAUCGAUAUGUUUACAAUACAUCAAAUACAACCGAUAUCGAAAUCGAUUGAAGAAGAAACAAUGAACAAUCCAAUUGAUUAUAAUUAUCUUGUUAUAGCAUGGGAAGCAUCUACAGGAAAAAAUCAAGAAUCUAGCUUUUAUUUUUGCCUAUUCGAUCUGAAUCAAUGGUAUAAAUCUCAAAUGACGAAAAGUUUUUGUAUCGAUCAAAAUGAUCUUUGUCCAUUCAUUUCAUUAUAUUCGCUGAAUACAUUGUCAAAAAUGUUUCGCCAUAAUAUUAUACAAGCAAUUUAUUUGCCAAGUAUUUCAAUUUCAAAAUUCAAUUCAAACAUGUUCUAUUCGGAAAUUCAUUCGUAUCCAGUGUCAGUAUCAUUUAAUUUAAUUGUUGCAUCCGAUUCUCAACUUUGUAAUAUCAGUUUUCAUGGAAUUCAAAAACGUUUGCUAACAUCGUUGAAUUCAUCAAGUCUUCAAGAUAUUAAAAAUAAUUGUCAUGAUAUUGUUGCUAAAUGUCAUAAAUAUGGUCUAAUUUUUGGUGAAUAUUCAUCAACCGAUGAUCUAUCAAGCGAAACAAAUACAAAACUUUUCGAAAUAAUGAACGUUGCAUUGGAAAAUAAUCUUAACUCUUUAUUAAUGAAUUUUAUACGAAAAAAUUCUCUUCACACUGACGAUUCAGAUUGGAUGUUUUUGUUAGAUUGGAUAUGGACCAAAGUCGAAUCAAUCAAAAGUUCUAUUGAUAUUCUUGUUGCGCCUUUAUUUGAUUUAUCCGGUACUAAUGUUUCUCGACAUGACAUUGCCAAAUUGGUUUGUUAUGAAAGUCAUCUUGAAAUAUUAAUAGUAUUGCUUAAACAAUUAUUGCAAAAUUCUACUAAUAAUUCUAAUCUUGGAUUUGAUAAACUACGAGCACGUAUCGAAAUUGUUAGUCUGAUUCAAAAUUAUCUUAAGUUUAUAUUAUUUUUCGAAAAUUUUGGCUUUUUACCUGAAUGUAAAGAUUCGGAAGAUAUUGUCGAUAAGAAUCGACCAAAAUAUUCGUAUUCUAAAACUUCGGAAUUUUAUUGCAAACGUCGAGCUGAUCUUAUGACAGUGAAUAAAAAUUUUUUCAAAAGUAAACAUAUUCUUCUUAUCGACAUUCUUAUCAAACAUUUGGAACCUCAUAUCGGAUCGAUAUGGAAUGUUAAAGAUCAUAAAAAUCUUUAUCCACCUCAAAAUUUAUCUUCAUUGUGUAAAAUUUUUCUGCUAGACGAUGUUCCAUUAGUAUAUAAAGAAUCAAUUCUUUUUUAUUUCUUUUAUGAUUUAUGCGAUAAUCUUGGUGAACAUGGAAUUGCUCAAAAACUUUCGGGUUUAAUUUCAACCAUUGAUAUUGAACAAGGUAUUCAGUAUUUCAUCGAAGGUUUAUGGUUUCUGGAUCAUCAACAAUAUGAUCGAGCUGUUCAAUCGUUCACACAUCCCGUAGUAACAACUUCAUUGAAUCAUUUUAAAAUUCAUAUUGUAUUGUUUAAUGAUUUAAUGCAACGUAUUAUUGAAUUGUUUUUGUUUGAAGAUCAGCCACAAAAAGCUUUAACAUUGACAAUGAAUUGUAAUCAUAUUUUAUUGGAUCAAGAACCAAAUGAAAACCUUUACAUUCAGAUUCUAUUGCUAAAUGGAAAUUUAUCAGAUGCAUUUGAAUUUCAACGACAACGACGUUCGGAUUCAAAUUCUUAUCAUCUUUUGUAUAAGUUAUUUUUUGUUUGCGAAAAGAUGAAUACAUUGGUUAAGAUUUGUCGUAUACCUUUAGACAAUUUUGAAGAAGAAGUUUUUAUCGAAUAUCUAAUCAAUUCAAAUCAUUCAACAUCAAAAAUGAUUCUUGUUUUGUACUUUAUUCUAAACAAUAAGCUUAUUGAAGCAAUUAAUAUUGUCAAACAAUUUGAACAGGAAUUUCAUUUUGAAGAAGAAAACAAAAGCAUUUUAAAUUUGAUCGAUGCAUAUGUUACUAUAUUGCCAUCAUCUACUCUUGAUUUGGCUAAGCAAAUUUUACGAAUUAAUAAAUCGAAUAAAAUAAAUGAAAUUCAAUCAGAAAGUAAUAUGAUCACUAAUCAAUCAAUCACUUUGACUCCAACUCGAAUGAAAGAUGAUUAUUCCAAAAAUCCGAUAUAUUUAUCGCCUGGAUUUUCAAAAUCAAAAAUCUUGAAAACAAAAAAUCAAAAUAAUAUUAGAAAAUUGUUUACAAUCUUAAGGACACCGGAUAUGAAACGUAAAAUAACCGAUAGUGUUAAUAAUAGUUAUCGAUUUGAUUUAGGCGUAAUGAAAAAACCUAUUUUAAAAUUUUCAAAUGAUUCAAAUAUUGAUAACGAAACUGGACAUAGUAAAUUGAAAGUAUCAUUUAGUAAUGAACUUGAAUUUUCGGAAAACAUUGAAAUUUUCAACAAUGAACAAUUGGCCAAUCCAAUAGAAUCGAAUACGAAAAAAAUUAAAACAAUCGAAGAAAUAACAUUAUCAUCAACACCAACUUCUCGAUCCAUAAACAAACUUAAUAAAUCAAAAAUCACUCGUAAACAAACAAUAGCUACGGAUUCACCUACACAUCGUAUGACAUUACGAAAUCGAAAAAAUUAG